AUGCGGUCUGAUUCCUCCGCGUUCUUGGUUCUCCAUCGGAUGGUUAAUGUGAAGACGCGAAACAGAGAAGCAAUAUACGGGAGCCGGGAGCGGAUUCGAGCCGGUAAUGGGGUCGGGUUCGAGGUUUAUUCGGGAGAGGAGAAAGUGUUGAAAGGGAUUUUCAGAAGAGAGGAACAGAAAUGGAAGAUGGAGUGCAAGUGCGCGCUAAAGAAAAGGGAUGGAAAAACGGUUGGAGGUGAAGGGGCGGUGGCGGAUGUAUGCGUGGCGGUGGAUGGAGACAUGGAGAUGGAAGAGAGGGUUGAGAUGGUUGCGAGGAAGAAUAGGAGGGUUGGUUUUGAUAAGCUGGAGGAUAUUCCAGAGGAGCGUGAAUCCAACAGCGGGUGUUGUUGCAAUUGUGCGGAAACGUACGGUGGGGGUAUGGAAGGAGAUUGUGGUGGGGCGGAGGAGAUGUGUACUGGCACGGCGGAGGAAGUGAGCUGGGCCUUCGAUGUGGGCAUUUGGGUUGUGUUUUUGGGUGCUGGGUACUUAUUUUCCAAAGCAGCUGCCAAAACUUUGAGGCGCAUGAGAACGCUAUGA